UCCUCAGCAUCCCGGAAGUUGUGCAUCAUCUGCACUUUCAGGAAGAGACGCAGCAUCGGCAGAGCUCGAACAACAGCGGAGACAUUGGCAAAACAUCGGCCUGUCUGGAAGAGAUUCCGUCUUAUUAGCAAGUGCUAUUCAUAUGAAACGGACCAAUGAAGUGACCAACAGGAUACAAUGUCAUCAUUCCAGGUGGUGGACUCAUCGCCAGGCAGCAGCGUCAGCGUAAUGGAAACGUCCAACUUUGCCCACGUCAUCUUCCAAAAUGUGGGCAAGAGUUUCCUGCCCCAAGCACCCCUCGAGUGUCACUAUACUCUGACCCCUUACAUCACUCCCCACCCAAAAGACUGGGUGGGCAUCUUUAAGGUAGGUUGGAGCACAGCUAGAGAUUACUACACCUUCCUCUGGUCUCCGAUGCCUGAAAGCUAUGAACCAGGAAGCUCUGUGCACAGGACAGUGAUGUUUCAAGGUUAUUAUGUCCCUAAAUCUGAUGGAGAGUUCUACCAGUUUUGUUAUGUCACCCAUACUGGUGACAUCAGAGGAGCCAGCACGCCGUUCCAGUUCAGGUGUGGCACGCCCACCGAGGAGCUGCUUACCGUCACCGAGGAUGACAGCAACUCAGACAUUCUGGUCGUCACCACCAAGAGUGGCCUGCUAGAGCAUGUGGAGGAGGCACAGCAGGAGCGCAGGGAGCUGCUGAAGGCCAUGCGCAUCCUCCAGGAUGAGAAACUGCAGCUGCAGGAGGAGCAGAAACGACUGGCCAGGGAAAGGGAGCAGGAGAGGGAGACGUGCUGCUUGCUGAGGACACACAACCAGGAGCUGCUGCGUUCUUCACAGGGCCUGUCAGAAGAGCGGGAGGGGGUGAGGAGGAGGCUGUCUGAGGCCACGGACCGGGUCCGCCAGCUGGAAGAGGACCUGCUGGGAGUCACCCAGAGAGGCCUGCAGAAGGAGACCGAGCUGGACUGCCUGAGGGACCGUCUGAAGAAGCUGACAGCAGAGAGAGACAGCCUGGAGAGCCAGCUGAAGAACGAUAAGGAUGAAAGAGACCUCUAUAAGUCCCACUUGCGCAGCACCGAGCUGGAGAACACUAAGCUCAGCGCAGAGCUGCAGAUGCUGAAAGCGGUGGAGCUGAACCGGGAGGUGACCAUUGCCCAGUUCCAGGAGGAGCUGGAUAGGCUCAGAGUGUGUGUUGCACAGAGGGACAGUCUGGAGAAGGAGCUGCUGGCACACAAGGCUGACAAGGCAGAGCUGGCCCGUGUGCGUGAGCAGCUCCGUCAAGCAGAGGAGCAGCUCCAGGCGUCCCGGCAGCAGGCCUCUCUGCUGGCCUCGGAGCUCCGCGACUCAGCCAGCGCCCGAGACCACACAAUGACCGAGCUGUACCGCGCCCGCUUGGAAGCUGACAAGCUCCGUGCCAGUCUGGCUGAUGCUCAGGCCGAGUGCCAACGCAUGGAGAGUCAGCUGGACCGCAUGAGGAGCACUGCACAUAAGGAAGUGGGUGUUGGGACAAGCGGGGAGACGAUGCCCAGUGUGAUGGUGGUGUCAGAGGCAGAGGCCGAGCUGCAGAGAGAGGUGGAGGAGCUGAAGCUGCGUCUUCACAUGGCUGCAGAGCACUACAAGGAGAAGUACAGGGAGUGUCAGCGCCUUCGCAGGCAGGUAGCAAAACUGAACACGACUGAGUCACAGGGGGAGCCAAAGAGAAAUGUAUCCACUGAGACGACACUGGAGCCACUGACACCUAGUCCAGAGUCCCCAACAGCUGGAAAUAUAGCUGCUGCAGUCCUACAAGGAGCCGCUGAAAUGACAAUCACUCCAGAACAUAGUGACAGGGAAUCCACACACAUUGAUUUAUACUCCAGCACAGAGAAGGAAGACAAUCAGAGGGGGGAAAUGCAGAUGGAGAGUGCUGAGGUGAAGGCUGAGGGAGAAACAAAUCAAGUUGAAGACAUGGAGAAAGAGGACAAAGAGAAAGGAAAAGAGGAGAAGAAGGACAGCCUGCCAGAGGAGAGCCUGAGGAUGACGAGCUGGGUGGAGGUGCAGAACGAGAAAACAAGCGCCAAGGAAGAGACACAAGGCGAGGUGGAGGUGCCGCAAAAGGCAGAUGAGGCGAGGGAUAUUUUAGAGGAGCAUGUGCUGCUGGAGGCGAAGGCGAGGAAUGUGGGGGAGGCAGAGAAGGAGCAGACUCGCUCGGUGGAGGAGGAGCUGGCGAUGAUGGAGGAAAAGUGGAGGGAGCAAUGUGCAAUCAACGAGACGCUUAAACAGCGCCUGGCUGACGAAGAGGAGCGAUUCCGGGUGCAGAUGGCAGAGCGAGCCAGCGAGGUGGCGGAGCUGAAACGCAACCUCGCCCAGGCCCUCCGAGACAAGGAGCAACUACAGGAGGAGCUGCAGCGCUACGUGUGCAGGCAGAGGGAGCAGGAAGCCUGUGUUCAGGGUGCCGAGCUGAGGCAGCCGAUGUUGCUGCGCUACCCUCUUCCAUACCCACAGGACCCCUCUCCUCCACCCCUGGUGCCACAGAGGCCUGCAGAGCUGCAGUACGGCAAUCCUUACUCCACGGACACCACAAGAGAUCGGGUGGAUGCUGCACUGUCUCCCGAACACAUGACCCGUCCCCCACCUGAAGCCCCAACCUGUGCCCCUCCCUGUGCACCCCCAAUCACACCCCCGAGUCCAAGCGCAGGAGCUCCAGACUGGAACCGAGAGGUGGUCUGCAUGCAGCCCACCCGCAGCACCACCCCACCUGAAGGCCCAGAGCACCCGGUCGAUGAGCCAAAAAAUGCUGCUGACGGGGCUCAGCCAUCCUGUGACCAUCAGUCCAGCCGACGCAGUGACGCCAGGGGCAGCUUCUGUUUUGACUCCAGGAGUGACGUCCAUAAGCGCUGCCCGUUAUGCGAGGUGAUCUUCCCGCCCCACUUCGAGCAACGCAGCUUCGAGCAGCACGUCGAGAGCCACUGGAAGGUCUGCCCCGUCUGCUCCGAGCAGUUUCCCCUCAACUGUCAGCAGCAGCUCUUCGAGAGGCACGUCCUCACGCACUUUGACGGCCACGUGCUCAACUUCGAGCAGAUCGAGUGAAAAGCUGCAGAGGACGUGUGUUGAAUUCUGAUAUUGGCAAAAAAAAAAAAAAAAAAAAAGUAUGUUGUCAGCUAUUAGUUCGUUAUGAUUGAGGUUUGGUUAAGUUGUCCCAUUGAGACACUACCACUAGCACUUUUUUUGCAAUCUUGACACAACUUAGGAAGAAUGUAGUCGACUUCUGGAAGGAAGCAGAGUUUGUCCUUUGUUGGCAGCUCCACCUAGAUUAGCUGUCACUUUAUUACACAGUGGGUCAGUGGAUCAUUUACACUGGUGGAAAAGUGCUAUGGUCCUUUACUUUUGUAUUAUGUUAUGCUCAUUUUUCUGCUGUGAUGGAGUAAAACACCAGUGGUAGUGCAUGCAUUAAUUCUGCGAUCAUGACUAUGAAUGGAAAAGCUGAAAGCUGGAGCUUAAAGAAGAUAAUGUCAAAGUCUGUGUUCUUAAUGCACACAGAGAAAUUCUCUACAAAGAGUUGGAAUGUCUUGUCAUAAAACAGCCAACCUCUUUUUAAUUGUCCUCACAGUCGAAGCUUGAAAAGGUAAAAAAUUAAACAAGAUUUUUUUUUUUUUAAGUGUAAAUGCAGAGGGAGACCUGACGAGUGUGUUUCUGUCAUUGAAGAGGCUGGUGGUGAUUCUUUUUUGACUUGAAUGAUUUCUCCCCUAACUAAAGUAUUACUGUAUGUAUGAUAGUGUUUUUGCAAAAA